AUGGGAAUCGCUUCUUGGCCAAAAUACGUGUCGUGUUUGGAUUCCUGGCUAAAGCAUUUGGACAAAUCGGAGGACAAUCAGAAAGCGACAAUUAGGGUAAUCGUUGCCGUUGUGGAGGCAUUCCAUUACGAUGUUGCUGAUGUGGGAGAAACUGUCAACGAGGAGGGAACGAAUGAAACCCGGGUGGUUAUUCGGGAUAAACUUAAUCGAGAAGUGCUGCCCAGGCUCACCAAGUGUAUCAAUGGAAAGUCGGCAGAGCUGAGCGUUCACCGUAAGGCUCGCACGGCUGCCACCAAGCACUACAGCGAGGAUGAUGAUAUCAAAAGAGCACCAGUUGCUCUUGCUACCGUGAAACUCCUGCAGAAAGUCCCUGACAGCAUUCGUUCGCAAUAUCUACACGGGGUUAUUUUAAAGCUGUGCUCGUUGAUGAUUUCACGCUCAAUGAAUGUUCGGGAAACAGCUCGAAAAGUCGGAGUACAAGUCUGCGAAUGUCUCGGACCGCGCUAUCUUCCUAUAAUCAUCAAGGAGAUGAAGCUUAUAAUGAAAAAAGGAUUCCAGAUCGUUGUGAAAGAGCAGUUCGAAGCUGUUUCCGAAGAGAAGGAAGUCGGAGAAAUCAAAGCCGAAGUUAGCGAGGCCAAGAAGAAUCCGACUCCAGGAACGUUGCUGUUGCUUGGGCGCUAUGUCUCAUCGUCGGUGGUCGGCACAUUGCUGAAUCGCUUCGUAACAGUUGUGGACUCACUAACUUCUGCAAAAAUGAUCUCACGUGCACGAAAUCUUCUGUCUAUGUUUGCCAAUGGUCUCAAGGAUAACAAAGGAUUUUCUCCGUCUUCACAGCUUAUACUUAUCCACCAAAUGAUCGUGACGAACAUCGAGAAGAUGCGAGUAGUUCCAGACAGCCAGCAGUCAUCGGACGAGUUUUUGGAGAAGCCAAAGAGCUGUUUACUUUUACCACCGGAGCCAAAACGCAUUGGCGUUCUCGUGAAACCGAUUCUGAAAAGCCGCUCACAUGUUUUCCUCGAAUUUGCUCUACAGCUGUUGGGAGCCUUGAUAACAGGCAAACAUUUUGAUCGAAACGAUCCGGACCAUGUGCGCCGGUUGGAUCCGUUUGUCUCUUUGGUGACGCAGAGCCUCGAGUUUAAGUAUGAG